AUGGAACGGUUUGAGAGAUCUGGGGGCGUGGCUCUUCUCGUCUGCGGCGGACGAGGCUGCCUUGGCCUUGGUCUUGCUGCCACCUUCAGUGGCGUUUACGGUGAAGUGGCUUUCUCCGCGACACGGAAGCGGGCGUCAAGCGCUGCUGGAACCUCCCGCCGGAAGGAGGUCCGCGCAGGCCAACGGGUACAGUAUCAUAUGUGUCCCAUCUGGCGGGCCAAGUACUUUAAGAACGCUCUCUACCGCUAUGGCAUCGACCUCAAGGAGUUUGACGGCCUGGAGUUUGUCUUCACGCACGCCCAAGUGUACAGCUUCGAAGAGCUCGACCGCAUCGCCGAAAAAAUAUCGAAGUCAACGCCUGGCUGGUUCCACACGCCCCUCAUGGUUGAGGAAGCGGCAAAACGUGAUCUCCUUGUCGCACCGCACACUGGCAAGUCACUCAACAGAGGGUCCCCGCUUGCUCCCGCGGAGAGGAGCAUGCGCUUUUGGCUUGACAAAAAGCUACCGGGCUGGGAAGGAGGAAACUACUCGCUCAAAGUUAGUUGGUCAUCGUACGGCGAUAUUGACGGCAUCAUUACUGUCAUGGAUUCCGAGGCUAUCAUCAAGGCGAUCAACACGCUCUACGGAUACACCCUCGAGAAGCAGCACGCCUGCGCCUUCCCCAUGGGUCCGGCGAAUACGUCAGGCGACGACACAAUGUCGACAUUGUGGGCACCAGGGUACGCUUGA